AUGUCUGCGUCCACCAACGUCCUCAUCACCGGCGCCAGCCGCGGCCUCGGAAGAGGCCUGCUCGAGCGCUACCUGCUGAAGCCAAACCACACCGUCAUCGCCGCAAACCGCGACCCGUCAAGCCCAUCCUCUACUUCCCUGGAACAGCUACCCAAGGGCGCCGGCAGCAAGCUCAUCAUCGUCAAGAUCGACGCCGACUCGGAGACCGACGCCGCGGCCGCCGUCGCCGAGCUCAAGACGAAGCACGGGAUCGAGUAUCUCGACAUUGUCAUUGCCAACGCGGGCAUCUCGUACAUCUGGCCGGCUGUCGCGGACGUCAAGAUCGCCGACAUUGACGCGCACAUCCGGACCAACGUGUACGGCCUGGUGAGCGUGUUCCAGGCCACAAGGCCGCUGCUCAAGGAGUCCAAGGGGACGCCCAUCUUUGCUCCAAUGGGCACCACCGCGGCUUCAAUUGCGUGCGUGUUCUCUCUCUCUGUGUUUCUCUUUCCCUCUGAGCCCGUCCUUUUUUCAAAGCCAAGUGUUCUUGACGGGCCCUUGGUCCAACUGUUCUGCUUGGGCGCUUGCCUUGGUUCCCGCCACACCCUGUCUUCUCAAGUUCGCACGCAGUCCCAGACUAACAUCAUUGAAAAAACCCCCCCACGCAGAAACCAGCUCCCCUUGCCCAACGCGGCGUACGGAACCUCCAAAGCAGCCGCGGGCUGGCUGACCAAGCGCAUCGCCGCGGAGGAGGGCUCCUGGCUGACGUGCAUCUCCCUGGUCCCGGGGCUCGUCGAGACGGACCUGGGGAAAGCCGGGAUCGAGGGGCUCGGCCUGACGCUCGAGGCGGCGAGCGCGUACCUGGUAGACUUUGCGGUCGCCUGUGACGGCAUGGUCAGUGUGCUUGGCGGACCGCUGGACCGCGAGGUCGUUGGGGGCAACAUGGUCUUCUACAAUGGCGAUGUGCUGCCUUGGUAG